CAGUGCUGCAGCGCUGUCUGUUCUACGUCGCAGUUCGUUGCAGGCGUGUCUACUUGCAGUUGCGUGGUGAAUCGGGGAAGUACUUCUGAGGACAUACAGCGGCUCGACCUGAAUGGCGGAUACGAAGCGUGAGGAAGGCAGCUUUGCAAGUGACAUGCUGGCGCUGAUGGAGUCCGGGGAUGGCGCUGACGUGACGCUGGUGGUCGGCGACUCGGAGUUGGCGGCCCACAGUCUGAUUCUGGCAGCGAGGAGCCCAGUCUUUGCCGCGAUGUUGCGGAGUGACAUGCGCGAAGCCCUCAGCCGGCGCGUGGAGAUAACCGACAUGCAGGAAGCUGUGGUGCGCCAGAUGGUGCUGUUCAUGUACACGGAGACAGUGCCACAGCUGGGGAGCAUGGCGGCCGAGCUGUUGGAGGCCGCCGAGAAGUACAACCUGCCGCUGCUGAGGAAGAGGUGCGAGGAGCAGCUGGCGCGGGACAUCACCGUGGACAACGCCGCCGCCACCGCCGCCCUCGCCGUUCUCCACCGCUGUCCGGGACUGAAGACCACCGCCGUGGAGUUUGUGGCCAGCCGCCCUGCCGUCAUGGCCACCACUGGCUGGACGCAGCUGCUGAGGGGCAACGCAGACGUCGCAGCGGAGAUCUGCGGCCAGUUGGCGAAGCUUCUGCCGCCAGCUCCACUGGAAAACAGGAUCUUAUCCACAGAUGAGAAACAGAAGCUGGGAGUGCGUCUGGCAGAGGCAGCAAAACGUGGAAGUGUGUUGGAGAUACGGAAGCUGCAGGCCGUGGGUGCACCACCUGAUGGGAGGGACGCUCUCGGGAACACUGCACUGCACUGUGCAGUGCUAAACAAGCAAGUGCAAGUUGUCAAGUGCCUUCUCGAUGCUGGAGCUGACGUCAGAGCCACCGACUCGUGUCUGCAGACACCUCUGCACACCGCCGCAUCGAUAUUUGACCAGAAGGUUAUGUGUAUUCUCAUAGCGGCAUCAGCACCUCUAGACGCUAAGGAUCGUUGGGGCAAGACACCGCUCCACUGGGCUGCAGAAUCGAAUGUACAAGCUGUGAAGACACUGCUGAUGGCUGGUGCUAGCACGGACAUAAAGAAUUACAAUGGGAGGGUACCUGCAAAGGUAGCAACCGCAGAAACAAAACCAAUGUUUAAGUAAUAGCAAAUCUCAUAUAUUGAUCAACUUUCAUUCCUUUAGUUGUAUGGCUCUAAAUUUUACAAUAAACCAUUUUUGAAGA